AUGGAUUCGUCUGCAAAAAAAGGUCUCAACACACUUGGAGUGUUGAUGGCUCGUAUUGACUACGCCCCAGGUGGCCUAAAUCCACCCCACACCUACCCACGUGCUACCAAAAUGAUUUUGUGCUUGAAGGUGAAUUGGAUGCGGGCAGCCAAUGUAGUCAUCUCCAAACACAUCAUGAAGCGUGAGAACUUUGUGUUUUCAAUAGGUUUUGUUUACUUUCAUAAGAACAAUGGGAAGGUUCCUGCUGCUGUCGUUGUCGGGUUUAAUAGUCAAUUGCCUGGUAUUCAUGUCAUUGCUUCCACACUGUUUGGGGCUAUGCCGCUAGUGAAGGUUGUCUAA